AUGUUCCGUGUAAUUCCUGUUAGCACCAAGAGUGUCAGAGAUGUGGUUCUUGAUAUUGGAGUUUCCGAUUUUGAUGGUACUGGCAGCUUCCAGUUCAUCGAAUACAGUAAAAGGUUUCUGAUCAUCUCCGUCGGCAUUGGCAUUGUGCUGCCUGUAUACUGUGUAUUGAAAUUUCGGGAUGGGAAAGCAGAAGCGUGUACCAAACUGAAGGAGAUGGUGGCGCUUGCGGCUAAAGAGUUUACCCUGACAAACUGUUUGGAUGUUCUGAGGACGAAAAUGAAUAAUUUGAAAGCCGAACUGUGCACUUGUUCUACUCAGAUCCUGAAGCAGUUGGAAGAAGUGCGGAUUCGAAGAAAUCAGCUGCUGGGCGCUUCGGAAGGUCAGUCAUUUCUACUCGUUUAUUUUUUCUGGUUCAUUUUCCGGCCUUUCUGUGCCUCUUAUAGAUGCCAGGCUUUAUGA